GGGGGGGGGAUGGGGCAGUAUUUUUUCCAAUGACGUUCUAUGACCCUGUCCCUGACUUUGUUGUCUCGGGGAUUUUUAUCGUGUUGGUCUUUACGCCAGAACCCAUCCAAGCGUAUUCCCUAGUUGUCCUGCCUCAUCUACACGCAUCACAACGACGUGCACAAAACCCCCCAAAAUUAUGGCCUCAAUACAACCAGCAACGAGCAUAGAGGCUCCCGCCGUCGAGCGGGAGAGGCUCUCGAUCCUGCACGGGCCGGUCGACCCGCCGCUGGUGGACUUUACGCUGGGCGAGCUGUUGGAGCUGCAGUGCCAGCAGUACGGAACCGAGGAGUGCGUCGUGAUCCCCUGGACGGGCGCGCGCUGGACCUACAACGAGCUGAACCAGCAGAGCUGCCUGAUCGCCCGGGCGCUGCUGUCCAUGGGCGUCGGCAUGGGCGACCGGGUGGGCAUCAUGGCCGGCAACUGUGAGCAGUACAUUGCUGUCUUUUUCGCCGUUGCCAGGAUCGGUGGCAUCCUGGUGAUUCUCAACAAUACGUAUACAAAGACGGAGGCGCAGUAUGCUUUGGGCUUUACAGAUUGCAAGGUAUUUUUUACUACCCGCCACAUUGGCCGACUAGACAACGAGCUACUGCUGGCCGAGCUGGCCGAACAGCCAGGCUCUCCAACGGUCGUCAUACUCCGUGGCGACUCGGGCAGGUUCAUGACGUGCAAGGAUGUGUUGCACAGCGGCAUCAGGUACAGCCCGCGCAGUCUGCACGAGGCGCAGCUAAAGGUGCUUCCGUACAACGUCUGCAACCUGCAGUUUACCAGCGGGACGACAGGCAGGCCCAAGGCUGCCAUGUUGACACAUCACAACCUCGUCAACAACGCCCGCUACAUCGGCGACCGCAUGCGUCUCACACCUGCAGACGUCUUGUGCUGCCCCCCUCCCCUCUUCCACUGCUUCGGGCUCGUCCUGGGCAUGCUGGCAACCAUCACGCACGGCGGCAAGGUCGUGUAUCCUGCCGAGGUCUUUGAUGCGCCGGCGACGCUCCGCGCGGUCCAAGAGGAGGGCUGCACCGCGCUGCACGGCGUGCCGGCCAUGUUCGACUCCCUCCUCGCGCUGCCGGAAGCCCAGAAGCUCAAGGCGUCGGACCUCAAGCUCCGCACGGGCAUCGUGGCGGGGGCGCCGGUGCCGCGACACCUGAUGGAGCAGAUGGUGUCCCGGCUGGGCAUGGGCGAGUUCACCAGCAGCUACGGGCUGACGGAGGCGAGCCCGACGUGCUUCAACGCCUUCACGGACGACGUGGUGUCGCGGCGGCUGACGACGGUGGGGAGGCUGAUGCCGCACGCACACGCCAAGAUUGUGGACCACGACGGCAACGUGGUGCCGCUGGGCCGGCGCGGCGAGCUCUGCAUCGCGGGGUACCAGCUGCAGGCGGGCUACUGGAACAACUCGGAGAAGACGGGCGAGGUCAUGGUGCGGGACGAGAACGGCGUGCUGUGGCUCAAGACGGGCGACGAGGCCGUGUUCGACGCCGACGGCUACUGCAGCAUCACCGGCAGGUUCAAGGACAUCAUCAUCCGGGGCGGCGAGAACAUCUACCCGCUCGAGAUCGAGGAGCGCCUGGUCCAGCACCCUGCCGUCGCCACCGCCGUCGUCGUCGGCCUCAAGUCGGAGCGCCUCGGCGAGGUGGUUGGCGCCUUCCUGGGCCCCGCCGACAGCCACGGCCAGAGGAGCCUGCCCGACGACGCCGAGGUGAGGGAGUGGGUCAGGGCCAAGCUGGGGAGCCACAAGGCGCCGUCCCAUGUGUUUUGGCUUGGGCAGGGGGGAGUGCCGAGCGAGGUGCCGUUGACGGGCAGUGGGAAGGUGAGGAAGUUUGAAAUGGCGAAUCUGGGGAACAAGUUGAUUGAGGACAAGGUGAAGGCGAAGCUGUGAUUUAUUUACUUUUUUUUCUCUGUCUCUCUUUCUUUCAUUUUUCGUAUUGCAGGCUACUACUCUGUAUUAUUUGACAUAAUCACUACGCACAAAAUAGGGGCUAGAGGCAAAAAGAGGCAAAAAUAGCAUCUAAAACUAGACUAGUAGAGGUAUCCAAAAUCUUGCGUCAAUCUGACAAUUCAACCUCGCAUCUUCACAAA